AUGCCCACAGCAGACACCGUCACCAUUCACCACAAUAGUGUCAGUGGACUGGUGGUGGUGAAGGUGGUGGUGGGAACCAGGUUGGAGCAUAUUAAGGGAGACCCUGCUCAUGCCCAUGCGAGGGUCACAGAGGUGGAAAACAUCCACUCUGUGUUACAGAACUCAAUAACCUUUGAGGAUGUGGCCAUGGACUUCACCGAGGAGGAAUGGGUGUUGUUGAAUCCACGUCAGAGAAAACUGUACAGAGAUGUGAUGCUGGAGAACUACAGAAACUUGGCAUCGCUGGAAAAGCAGCUCAGCAGACCUGCUUUGAUCACCCAGAUGCAGCAGGAAGAUGAAAUGAAAUCAGAGACAAGAAAUCACCAAGAUACUUGUUCAAAUGGGAUAGUUCUCCCUAAAACCACACAAUCACAACAUAAACAAGAUGUUUUGGAGAAAGAAGCACUACAUGGCAAGAAGUGUGGGAAAGUCUACAGUUCAAGCUCUUAUCUUAAUCGGCACAAGAGAAUUCACUCUGGGGAGAAGCCCUAUGGAUGCCGUGACUGUAGAAAAACCUUCAGAGAUAGUUCACUUCUUAGACAACAUGAAGAGAUUCAUUCGAAGGACAAACCCUACAAGUGUGAUCAGUGCAACAAAACAUUCAGUAGAAGGUCUAGGCUUAACACACACAAGAUAUUACAUACUGGAGAGAAGCCCUAUGGCUGCAAUGAUUGUGGGAAAACCUUCAGUAUUCUCCCGUACCUUAAAAGACAUAAGAGAAUCCAUACUGGAGAGAAAUCCGUUGAGUGUAACCUCUGUGGAAAAGCACUAAGUAGUGAGUCAUACCUGAAGACACACCUGAGGAUACAUACUGGAGAGAGACCUUACAAGUGUGGUCAGUGUGGGAAAACUUUUAGAAUGAGCUGUAAUCUCAUAGUGCACAAGAAGAUGCAUGCUGGAGAGAAACCGUGUAUAUGCAAGGACUGUGGGAAAUCCUUCAGGGACCACUCGUGCCUGAAAGAGCACAUGAGAAUUCACACUGGAGAGAAACCCUUUGCAUGCCAUCAGUGUGGGAAAACCUUCAGAGUGAAUUAUUUCCUCGUUUUGCACAAGAAAAUUCACAUGAGGACGAAACAAUAUGAGUGUAAGGAAUGUGGGAAAGCCUUCAGUGGUGUCUUAUCUCAUAGGAGACAUAUGAAAAAGCACACCAGGGAGAAGAAACCCUUCAACUGUAGUGAGUGUGGAAAAGCUUUUAGGAGGAAUGCAUCCCUUACAAUACACAUGAGAACCCACACUGGGGAGAAACCCUACAAGUGUGAUCAGUGUGGGAAAACCUUCAAUGUAAGGGGUAAUCUUACCGUGCACAAGAGAGUGCAUACUGGCGAAAAACCCUAUCAGUGCAAUGUCUGUGGUCGUGCUUUCAGUAAGCUCAUAUCCCUUCGGAGGCAUCAUGAGAGCACUCAUGCUGGACAAAACUCCUAG